GGCCUGGGGGCUCUACAGAGUUCACCAUUUUAACAAGGUUGAAAUGUUUGGUGUGACUUCGAAUGAGACGGGAGAGGAGAGUUCCCAAUUGUUGGAUGAAUUUGUCACGUUACAGAAGGAGAUUUUCUCUUCCCUAAAACUUCAUUACAGAGUCUUGGAUAUGCCCACUCAAGAGUUGGGGCCUCCUGCCUUCCGAAAAUAUGAUAUUGAGGCAUGGAUGCCAGGACGUGGCAGCUUUGGAGAGAUUUCCAGUGCCUCAAACUGCACAGACUACCAGAGUCGGCGCCUUAACAUUCUUUAUGAGGGAAAUGAUGGAAACCUUAAGUAUGCGCAUACGGUUAAUGCUACAGCUUGUGCUGUUCCACGUACUGUCAUUGCGAUUUUGGAGACACACCAAACCAAG